AUGGCAUCCAACACAGCGGGCGCCGUCCCGGUCGGGGGUGGCGGCGGCGACAGUAGCAAUGUCCGGCCGUCCUCGCCUUCGCCGUCGCAACUCCCGCCCAUCCCGGGCUCCCCGACCUUCACCUACGCCAGCACCGCCGCCAACCGCAUGUCCACGUUCACGCUGCCCAUCCCGCCGCCACCCCCGCCGCCGCACGCCGUGCUCACCAAGGCCGACCUCGAGGCCAGCCAGACGGCCUACGCCGACCUGCUCGCCACCGCCAAGGCCUACCGCACCGCCCUGGCGACGCUCUCGACCUCGGCCUCGGCCUUUGGCUCCAGCCUCGAGGCCUGCGCCCGGCUCAAGGAGUCGCGGGCCGACGCCCUGGGGCCCCCCGGCGGCCAGUUCGGCGGCGCCAGCCUCAGCAACAGCUUCACGGCCAAGGGCUCGUGCACCGCCGACCUGCUCAUGGCGGCGAGCGGCGUGCACCACCUCGUGGCCAACCACCAGCAGAUCCUGAGCGAGACCGUCUACCGCAGCUUCGAGGUGCCGCUGCUGCACGAGCUGGACAAGUGGCGCGGCGCCAUCGACGACGAGGACGAGACGUACCGGCGCGAGGUCGCCCAGCGGUCCAAAGAGAUCCGCCGCCUCGAGAAGGACGGGCUCAAGCUGCACAAGCAGCGCCGCCGCGACGUCGCCAAGUUCCGCGAGCACCUGGUCGAGCUGACCGGCCGCCUCGACGGCCUGACCGGCCUGCACGGCGAGCACGCCCGCACCCUGCUGCGCGAGAGCCAGGAGACCAGCGAGAAGAUCCUCGACGCCAGCUGCAGCCUGGUGCGCGCCGAGGUCGACAUCUUCGAGAGCCUCGCACGCAAGGGCUGGAGCGGCGGCGGCCUGGACGAGCUGCUGGAGAAGGGCCGCGACCUCUUUGCUAGCGACGACGACGCCGCCGCCCUGGCCGGUGGCACGGGCGUGACGGGGCCCACCGGCGCCGGGGCCGAGGGCGCCAAGCUGUUUAGUAUACUGCCGCCCAAGAGCAUACUCGCCGACUCGGCGUCCGGCGAUCCGGGCCGGCAGAGGGGCCACGGGAGGGCAGACAGCCUGCAGGUCGAGACGGAUCGGUACCAGAGCCUGGCCGGCGCCGUAGACCACCGGGACCGGGCCGAGACGGAGAGCAUAUUCAGCGACUUCAACCAGAGCAGGGGCGUCAGGCCAUUCAGCCCCCAGCCCAUACGCAGGCUCCCGACGGAUGUCAUCCUGGACCCUGACUCGCUGCUGGUCGAGGAGGGCGAGGUGGAAGGCGCCGGGGCGAGGGACGCCACGGCGCAGGACCUACAUCUCCAGGGUGGUGCGGAGGAAGGAUCCGAGGAGGAAGACGCCGCCGGCGAUGAGAGCCCGUGGAAGGACGAAGUCGGAAUGCGGAAUGAUGGUUUCGCAUUCGGCGAGGGCAGCCGUGACCCGGAGGCGCUGAUUGGCGCCUCGACCGCCGAGGACGGAGGGGGACGGUGGAAUGCCACGGAGGAAGGACACACUGAUGAACAGCAAUGA